UAACGACUCGAAUCUUCCAAAUUUGGAAUGCAAUUAAUGGAGGACCAAGAAUAUCUCUCAUUUUAGCGUCUCCAUGCAUUCACUUUUGUGUCCAAAUUCAUUUUAGCAAACAGGAAUUUUUACGUCAGGCUCAUUCUGAUAGUACGAUGACCCAAUGGCAAUAUGAAUUGUAGUAUUUUCUUUAAGCUUUUCUAUAAAUACUGAGACUCCAUUGCAUUCAGAACGUCACAAUUUCACUACGAGUGGAUCUCAUACAUACAAUAAUUCUCAAGAAAAUUCGCGAAAAUGGCUGAGAAAAGCAAGAUUUUGAUCAUCGGAGGAACUGGGUACAUCGGAAAAUUCAUAGUUGAAGCAAGUGCAAAAUCUGGGCACCCAACUUUUGCUCUUGCUAGAGAGAGCACAAUUUCUGAUCCUGUUAAGGGAAAAAUCAUUGAGGGCUUCAAGAACUCUGGUGUCACAAUAUUAAUCGGUGAUUUAUAUGAUCAUGAGAGCUUGGUGAAGGCGAUUAAGCAGGUGGAUGUUGUUAUAUCAACCGUGGGUUCCCUUCAGUUAGCCGAUCAAACUAAGAUCAUUGCUGCCAUUAAAGAAGCUGGAAAUGUUAAGAGAUUCUUCCCUUCGGAGUUUGGCAAUGAUGUAGAUCGUACUCGUGCUGUAGGGCCUGCAAAGUCUGCAUUUGCAACCAAGGCCCAAAUCCGCAGAGCCAUUGAGGCAGAAGGAAUUCCUUACACUUAUGUGUCGUCCAACUACUUUGCUGGCUACUCUCUUCCAACGUUGGCACAGCCGGGAGCCACUGCUCCUCCAAGAGACAAAGUAAUCAUCCCAGGAGAUGGAAACGCCAAAGCUGUCUUCAAUUACGAAGAAGAUAUUGGCACUUACACCAUCAAGGCUGUGGACGAUCCAAGAACAUUGAACAAGAUCCUUUACAUCAAGCCUCCUAAGAACAUAUAUUCAUUCAAUGAACUUGUUGCUUUGUGGGAGAAAAAGAUUGGCAAAACUCUGGAGAAAGAAUAUGUUUCAGAGGAACAGCUUGUGAAGCAAAUCCAAGAAUCUCCGAUCCCUGUCAAUAUCAUACUUUCGAUCAACCACUCAAUUUUUGUGAAGGGUGACCAGACCUAUUUUGAGAUUGAGCCAUCAUUCGGUGUUGAGGCGACAGAACUCUAUCCAGAUGUCAAAUACACCACAGUCGAGGAGUACCUUGAUCGAUUUGUUUGAGAUGUGAGAAGUGCCAGAAACAAGUUAGUCUAAGAUGUGAAAUUCUAAGGUGUAACUUCUAUCUGAAAUGUUUGUUUCCUUGAUCUUCAGUCGUUGAAUGACUGUUUUCUGAUGCUGAAAGUGUUGCUUGAAUAAUUCAACUUUGUUGCCAAAUGAAAGUUUUUUUAUUUGCUGCUUA